CCUUUUGAUUCUGCUAGUCUCGAGCCGUUCCACUCCAACGAUCACGUUCGAAUCGCCGAAUCGAAAUCAUCCAUCGCCGGAGAGCCGCCAUGGCUCCUCCGCUGGAAGUGGCCAUCUGGUCUUCCCCACGAUUUCCUGCGUAUGAGGUAGAUGGUGCAUGAUGCUUCAGUUUUUCCUUCGGGUACUCUCACUACGGCACCGUCAUGUGCGAGGAUUCCGAGGCCGAGUAGAAGACGAAUGUGAAGGCUUCAUCGGUGAAUACCAUAUGAUCCGCCUUGUGUGCUUUCUUUUCUGCCAAGAUGAAUGCAGAUGCCCAACCAACUCCAUCAGAGAUAUUAGCACACUUCCUUACAAAUACCUAAAUAAAUUAUCUCAGAUGCACAUGGAUGAAAGCCAGACUACCACUUCUUUUAAAACACCUGUUUUGGCUACAUCUACUUCUCUGAGCUUGUGGAGCAAUCAUGAGAUGAAACAUCAUCUUUCUGGAUCUCCAAGUUAUCUAUGGAUGUAUUUUCUGAGAGUCGAUCUUCAAGAGCCAAUUCAAGGAUUUCAGGCUGGUGCAGUUGGUUCAUGCAAGGGUGUUGUUGUCAAUAGGUCUAGGGUCGAUUAUCAACGAGCGUGGAAUGCCCCGCUUGCCUCAACCCCUCCUUGCACGAGCUGCUGUUGCUGGGCAAAGCCCUCUGUAAUUUACCUCCCUUCCAGACGGGAGACAUAUGGAAAGAUGAAUAUUACUUUUUCUGCGACAACAAUCGCUCAAAUAAUAAUGAUGGGGCUCAAGCAGUUAUGAUCCACGAAGAUGAUUUUGUAUCGGCAAUGCAGUCCCUGCAGCUGAAACCCCUCUGCAUAACAAUGCUCAUCUCCCUUGCCACUUCCAUCCAGCAUUCCUACCUCAAAACAGAAGCCCUUGAAGUUGGUCCCGAUUCCCUUCCAUAAUCUUCGUCGCUGUCCUGCACGUGCCCAUCAACAACUCCUAUGGAUACAAUACAUAAUUGAGACAUCUCAAGAAGUUGCAUUUCGUCAAAGUAGGUAGCAGUUGCAGUGAUCUGAUACAUCUUCCAAAGCAAACUAACAUUGGAACUUUUGGUUCUUAAAGUACAAGGAGAGAACUGUGACUUCUCUCUUACUGUUUUGUGUUUUUGAUGGCCGCAAUAGAGUGCAAUGCUGCAACUUGUUGUGUCUGUGGUUUGUGUCCUCAGUCAGUACUAGAACAGUGAAUGUAAACAGAUCUGUACUAUGUAUUAUGUGGAAAUAAGUGAAUGUACUUUAAAGUCUUAAGGUAUUUGAUUGUGAUAUUUGGAGACAACAUUGCAGUGACAAUGCUGGUAAACAAUUAUGCAAGAUUCUCUCACAAGUUGCA